AUGGAUAUCAAGGCAGGAAAUGACUCAGCGAUGGCUUCAAUAAAACCUAAUACUUCGAAGAAACUGGGUGAACUGUUCCGAAAUACAGGCGAGACAAUUGCUUCUAUCAGAGUGUCUUCCCUAGUGACCGAUAGCACCAAUGAGCGUGUCACAAUUACAGAGUACAAGCAUGUUACGUCCUUCAACUUCUUGAAUACAAUUCCGCUUACCAUCAUGGUCCCCGGCUCUCCACCAAUAUGGUCACCACCCGCUAUGCCAGUUAAUAUACAACCGGAUGUGAUUAAUAGCAAAAUGGUUAGGAAAGCAGAACGUCAAGCGCAGAGAUCAUCGAUCGCGCCAGUCUUUGCUGCUCUUUCUGUUAACAUUGCUGACACAUCUUUCCUCCCAUCCACGGAUCUCAUCACCGAUCGUAACAGUCUUCGAAAGUUGCUGGCCUUUGUCAAUGGACGUGUUGAGCAAAUCUGGAAAAUCGAUGUCGAGCUGGUGCGAAACACAAUGGUCAUUACGCAGAACACGGAAGGUAUUCCUAGACACCAUCCUGGGGGUUACGGUGUUUCAUUUGAAAAAGCAUUUUUGAAAUACUCCGACGAAUUCAAGAGAAGCAGAGAGCAUAAUCGUGUGGCUGUUUACAAAAUUGGGGGGAUGAAUUGGAUGGUAGGAUUUGAGGUUGACGGAUGUUAUGGUGUGCAAGGUAGAGAGGGACUUUCACAGAAACUACAAACCUUGAAUCUUAAUCCGACAAUCGAUGUGCAAAGUUCAGAUGGACUUCAAAAGAGCCCAGACACAUUGAACCUUAAUCCAAAAACCCAAACAACUUACCCAGGCAUCAGGAUAAUUAAAACAGGAACCGAGAUUUCCACUCUUCCUUUAUUGGAAGUCAAGACUGCGAAAAUGGGAAGAUCUCCACCUCGAGCUAAAUUGAUGCCCCAGCUCUAUUUCUCCCAAACAAAACAUCUUAUUGUGGCAAAUUACGACGGAGGAACUUUCGACGAAGCACACAUCACUGAAACGGACAAGACCGAAGAUAUGCGAGAGUGGGAGGAAGAAAACCAGGAGAAGUUGCAGAAAUUGUUACAUCUAAUUAGCAGUAUAAGGGAUAUAGUCAAUGGAACCGAGGGAAAAAAAGCAGUGUUGUUGUGCGAGCGAGGAAAGAAGAAUUUAAUUCGCGUCCUUGAACAAAAAGGGAAGGGGCUUCAGUUAGAGGAAAAGUUUGUAACUCAAUUGUGGGGACCGCCGAUUAUAGGGUAG